UGAGGGCGGCCUGUCGGCGCUGCGAGAGCGAGCGGGCGAGUUGGCGGGGAUGGGCAUCAGUGCCAGGGCGACCGCCUGCCUGACUGACACUGUGUGGCGGCGCUGGACUCGGCUGAGCAGUGCCGUGAGAUCCCGAGAGAGGGCGCUAGAGAGCACUGCCCUGGAGUGGAGGAGCUUUGAGGAAAAGGUGGAGAAGGCUCGGGCAGUAGCGGAGGACCUCCAGAGUCGGGCACCGGAGAGUGCAGUACCGGCGGCGGCCUCCAGGGCGGCGCUGCAGAGCCUGCUGGAGUACCAUGACUGCUUCUGCCUGGAGGCGGAGAGGGAGAGAGCCAGCCUGGCGCUGCUGGGGCAACAGGCCCGAGCCCUGCUACCCUCACCCACACAGGAGGGGGCACAGGGGGGGCAAACCCUGCUUCUGCCCUCACCCACACAGGGGGGGCAAACACUGCUUCUGCCCUCACCCACACAGGGCCAGUCUGAACACCGGGACAUCAGCUGCCUGCAGGAGCACUACCACAGGCUGCUCCAGAGAGUGAAGGGGGGCCGUGAGAGCGUCCAGGCGGAGCUGGAGGAGAGGGGGCAGGUGGAGCGAGAGCUGAGCCUCGUCGAGGGGUGGAUCCAGGACACGCGUGGCCUACUGCUCAGUCCCUCCGCCGACCUGGACACACUGCUCAUCGAGCUGGAGGCUGCUCGUGAGGACGUGCUGGCUCACAGGCAGACGGUGGAGGACCUCAGUGGGCAGCAGCUGCUGAAGUACGAGCAGCUCCAGAGCGGCCUCACACACACACACACACACACACAGCUCCAGAGCGCCCUGCCCUCCGACCUCCAGACCCAGCUGGCAGAGAUCACCCUGAGCCUGGGCGCCGCAGAGGACCAGGUUCACGCUCGGGAGCAGGAGGUGCUCCAGACGCGAGCGCUGAAGGAGGACCUGAGUGGGCGUGUCCAGGAGCUGCUGGAGAGGAUCGGGAGUGUGUGCGGCCGACUGGAGGAGAAGAGCAGAGACAUGGAGGACGCCCAGGAGGACACCAGGAGUGUGUGUGAGGAGCUGGAGGGGUGUGGCAGUACCCUGCGUGACCUGAAGGAGGCGCACGAGCGGUUCGGGGAGCAGAACCCUCUCCUCCUCAGGCACCUGCGUUCCUCCAUGGGCAGACUGGCACACGCCCACCGACGCGCCGCCACGCUGGCACAGGAGUGCUCCACUCAACUCCUGAAGGCUGAAGACCUGUUGGAGGAGUACACUGACGUGCGUAGCUUCAUCAUGAGCUGGGCCCAGAAGGCGGAGUCUCUCACCUCAUGCAGCGUCGUGUGGAGCCCCUCAGCACAGAUACACGAGCAGAUCAGAGCCCACCAGUCUCUGCUGAGGAAGUGUCCUGAGCUGCAGGUUGACCUUGAGGGGAUGGUGCAGAAGGUCUCCCAGCUCUCGGCCGUGCUGCACACACACGCCAUGAACCAGCAGGUGGCAGCACUGAGCCAACAUGUGGAGGAGCAACAGGACGCCAUCAGGAGCAGACUGGAGAGCCUGCAGGACGCCGCAGAGGACGUGGGGCGUCUGGAGGGCAGAGUGAAGGCACUGCACGGCUGUCUGGAGCACACACAGGCCACCCUCACCUGCCCAGAACUGGCACACGCCAACCUCCGCCAGCAGCUGGCACACAGACAGCACCUGCUGAGUGAGAUGGAGGACUUCCAGCAGCAGGUGGAGAUGCUGCAGCGGUGUCAGAGCGCCCUCCGGCUGCCGGAGGAGGUAGUGUCCAGCCUGCCCCUCUGCAAUACCGCCCAGAGCCUGCGGGCGGAGGCCAGCCAGCUACAGCACUCCGUCAUUCAGCAGUGCGCCAUCUUACAGGAGGCAGUGCUUCAGCAUGAGCAGUAUGAGCAGGAAGUGACACACCUGCAGAGGCUGGUGGAAGAGGCUCACCGGAUCAUCCAGGAUCGACCCGUCAACACCAACAACAUCCAGGAGCUCCAGACGCAGAUCCAGCAUCAUGAGGAGCUGGCCCAGAAGACCCAGGGCUACCAGGAGCAGAUCUGGGCUCUGAACUCCAAGUGCAGGAUGCUGAGAGCGAAGGCCAAACACGCCACCAUGCUGCUGUCUGUGCCGGAGGUACCUGGGGGCCUCUCCGACGGCCUGGACGAGCUGGGGCCCGUGGAGGAGGACGAAGAGGAGGAGGAGGAGGAGGAGGAGGAGAUGGCCAGACAUCCCUCCGCACACCCUUCGGUCGUCAUGAUGACUGCAGGCCGCUGUCACACACUGCUGUCUCCAGUGGCAGAGGAGUCCGGUGAGGAGGGCACCAACAGUGAGGUCUCCUCCCCCCCCGCCUGCCGAUCACCUUCACCAGGGGCCAGCGCUGACACCACCCUUACCCAGGGUUCAGGCAAGGCCUCCAUCAGCAGGGCUCCUCUCCAGGAGGUGUUUGACUCCGCCUCCUCCAGCGCAACUAACCUGGAUGACCUGCAGCGCUCCUGGGAAACACUCAAGAAUGUGAUCAGUGAGAAGCAGAGGAGUCUCUGUGAGGCUCUGGAGCGCCAGCAGCACUAUCAGGAGUCCCUGCAGUCCGUCUCAACCAAGAUGGAGGCCAUCGAGACGGCACUCAACCAGGGCCUGGACCACGGCAGGAGCCCAGAGAGUCACAUGGCCACACACCAGGCCCUGCUGGAUGAGAUCCUGAUGCUGCAGGACGAGAUGCGGGCGCUGCAGGACUGCUUCUCCGAGGAGCUGCACUGUGACACGCUGGAGGGGGAGGGGCUGCUGCACUGUGACACGCUGGAGGGGGAGGGGCUACACUGUGACACGCUGGAGGGGGAGGAGUCUCAGCAGCAGGCCCUGCAGUCCACCCUCACUGUGCUGGGGGAGAGGAUGGCCACCAUACGCAUGAAGGCCUCGGGGAGACGCCAGCUACUGGAGGAGCGUCUGAGUGACCAGCUGGAGGAACAGCGUCAGGAACAGGCUCUGCAGCGUUGCCAUAGCGAGGCGGAGGAGCUCGACCAUUGGCUGCUCAGCACCCGGGCCACGCUAAGCUCCGCCCUGCAGCCACGCCCACAGGACAUGGACAUGGAGGAGCAGCUGAUCGACUGCCAGGACAUGCUGAUGGAGAUCGAGCAGAAGGUCUCGUGUCUGUCGGAGCUCAGCGUCCACAGUGAGAGUCUGCUGCUGGAGGGGCGGGGCCAGACGCGCGGAGGGGCGGAGCAACUCAGCCAGAAGCUUCACGGUCUCAAAGCCAGCCUUGUUGCGCUGCAACGCAUUCUACAAGACAAACAAACACACAUCCAGGGGUCGCUGCAGGAGCCGGAGGACAGUGAGUGUGUGUGUGACUCGACGCUCUCCCAAAGCCCCAACUUCCAGGACUGGCUGAUUCAGGUCCGCACCAGCAGGGGGCAGCAGCGUCACGACCACGUCCAGAGACAGAGGGAGCUGGAGGAGCAGCUGGCCGAGCAGAAGAAGCUGCUGCAGUCGGUCGCCAGCCGAGGGGAGGAGCUCCUCACGCAACAAGCCACGCCCAAUGGAGACGGGUCCAGUGUCUGA